AUGACUCACCAGAGGGAUCCUAUGACGUCGACUUCUUUGUCCAAAGACCAAGUGGCGCUGAUGUUCCGGGAAAAUUGGGAAGCUAAAAAUCCAAAUGAUACUUCAGGAACGAGUUACAACCCCUCCCCUUAUGUAGACGAUGGGCUAACUAGUCUAAAUUGGCUUCAGAACUUAAACAUCAUGACAAGAUUGGGUGCUCCGACUCCAUCCACACCACCCGCAAGUCCACUUCCGUCCAGUGAUCAUAAACUUUUAAAAAGUGAGUCCAGCUGGGAAAGUGACCAAUCAGCUGAUGAACCAGACUUUAAGAAGGACGCCACAACCAAGCCACCGUUUUCCUACGCCACUCUUAUCUGUAUGGCAAUGAAAGCUCACGGAAAUAAGAUGACCCUUUCAAACAUCUAUAAAUGGAUCCAGGAUAAUUUUGUUUACUACAAAAAUUCAGAUAUCAGUUGGCAGAAUUCAAUAAGACACAACUUAUCCCUGAACAAGUGCUUUAUUAAAGUUCCUCGCGGCAAGGGAGAACCGGGCAAGGGCGGGUUUUGGAGAUUGGACCCUAAGUACGAGAAGACGUUGGUGGAUAGAAUUUUCAAAAGACGCCGGACAGUUCAGAAACUAAACAGAGGAAUAACGAAGAAGACGCGGAAAGAAAAGUUGGGCGUGACCAAUUCUCUAGAGAAAUAUCUGAAAAAGAAUACACGAAAUCCUACAGAUCCAAAACAGCAAACUUUAAAUAACAGAUUAAGUGCGACACCUAUCCUCAGUAGCACAGCAUUACCAACUGCUGAUGACCCGUUGACCUUGUUUAACUCCCUCACCUAUAACAAUGGCACGAGUGUCGUUGAUGAUUCUGUAUUCCAUACCAAUUAUUGGGAAGGGAUGACUUUAACUGAAGAAUUUCACUCAUUAGAAGAAAGGCUUCAAGCAGAUUUAUCCUUUAACUGCCUGUUAAAUUACCCGGAAUUGGACCUCAACAGUUUCCAUGGUCUCCACUCAGAUAAUAUUAGUGGCCACGAGGACAGUAACUUUUCGAUGAAACUGGACAUUUCAGAAGCUAAAAACGAUCUCCAGGUUGAACUAUCGCCGGCCAGUUCUUCUCCAAAUGACAACAGCCUACUGAAAACCACUCAGUCGUCCAGCUGGUUAACUGAGCUACAAUCAGAAGUUAUGUAUUUGUCAACAUCAGUGACAAGUCACCCUCUUACAGAGUCCACCAGAACAGUUUUGAACGGUAGGGUGAAUACAUCAGAGAUGGGUACAUCUGAAAAUGCAAUAUACACCUGCUUUGGCCCUAAUAUCUCGCUUAAAGAAAUGAGGAACCAGAGCUGGGAGGAUUGCAAGAGUAGUUUAGAGGAUGCAACAAUAAGUUUAGACAGUAUUCACAGUUUCGAUAAUGGAUUUCCACACGUAUUUCUUACUUCCUAA